CGACCUUUACUCUGAUACAAUAUAAUAGGCCGCGAUCGAGAAGUUGACGGCCAAUCUAUUUUUAGUAACGGAAAACCCCUCUUGUGACGUCACACAAAAACCUCCUAUACGACACGAAUCAAUAUCCCACACGAUUUAUCGAUAUUUAAUCGAUAUUGAUGUUAAUAUACUGUCCAUACGCAGGUGAAAGCUGACGUAACUAAAUACUGGCACAGUGUUACAUAAGAAUAUUAUGCAACAAGUUGUUCAGUGUGAAGAAUACGAACACGCUCGGCCUUACAUAACUGACUAUAAACGGUUACGUAAAUUCAGCACACUUCUCGAAGUUUGUUUCCACUCUUCACUUCUACGCUCGCAACAUUCGUUAUUUUUCACUGUGACGUUCUUGUUGUACUGUGAGGAUCUUAUUAAUAAUUAAGCUUAUUUCACAAUGGGUGUUGAUCGUUAUUCUUUAAAGCAACACGAUAAUGGAUAUCACGCACUAAGCAGAAUGUCGAGCCAGUUCAACUACACGCUGGAGACCUUCUCUUCCGCGGGCGGAUAUCCGGCGGAGCUCGAGCUGAGUACCAAACGACGCUCCAAACAAACCGUGCCAGACACUGCCAAGGAUGACAAAUACUGGGAAAGGCGGAAGCGGAACAAUCUGUCGGCGAAAAGAUCCCGCGAGUUGAAGCGACUGGCGGAAAAGAGCACGAAAGAACGAGUGGUUGGGCUCUACGAAGAGAACGCUGUCCUUAAGUUCGAGUUAUCGAUUUUGAAGAGGAGACUGGGCCUGCCGGAAGACAAAAGCAUUUUGUCUGAGACCGAACGCGAAGCGGUCGUGAAUGAUCUCCGGAAAGGCGGCGUAGGCGACCUUCGCUAUGUUAGCUUGGACACUAACAGUCCCGAUGACAAUUCAUCAAGAAUCAGCGCUCACAGUAAUUCCACGGGAACGUCGUCGUUCGAGGAAAUGGACGACGAGUUUCCGCUCCAUUCGGACAUAAAACCAAGCAAUCUUCCAGCUCACGUGGCCUUUUUGAACUCUGACGGCGUCUAUACGACUGGGUAUCACGUUAACGCAAAUGUCGAUCUGAAACGGAACGUGUUUGGCGUUAAUAUUGAUAAUCAAAAUAACAAGAGGAAAGCAUACAGUGAGGGCAAUUACACUCCAACGGAUUUAUCUACAAAGAAGCGAAAACCAGCUUAUGCGGGGCAUAUUUCCUGUCUGAACGAAAUGGCCGCCACUGCGGAUGGUAAAACGAAAGAUGUCGUUGACUUUAACAUUGAACAUGAAACCGAAAUUAGAACAAAACUGCAGUUUCUCUCAGACCAAGUCCAGAAAAUGCAGAAACUUGUGAGUGGUGACUAAGGCACUGACAUUUGUUGAAGUUUUACCAUCGGUGUGAUAUUAUUUUCAUUGGUAACAGGUCUAAGUGCGCUGCAUUUGUUUUUUGUGCAAACUUGUUAUUAUGUCAGUGGUGGAACCUUUACCUUUGCCAAGUGAUGUGUUUCAUUUUGUCUAUCUUUUGUUACGGCAUUCUGAUUCUUAUUGAUCGUUGGUUUUGUUAUUCAUUUUUGUAAGUGAUAUCGUUUAUGUUAGUUACUGAGAUGCUGAAAUAUACACGGGUAUUUUA